CCAUCAUUCUAACAAGGUUUCGUGAUCAUUGGAACGUUCGUUAGUGACAAGAGUGUCUUGAAACAUAUUCCACUCCAAUGGAAUAAUAAACACGAGAAACUGUACAACAUCAUCUUGUAGCAAACCUUUGUUCCUGUAGCCCAGUGAACAUAUCGCCAGUAGCGUUAACGCUACAGAGAGGGCUGCAGUGCGGCGUAUUAUUUGCAGUUAUUGAUUACUGAAGAAAGCUCAAUCAGCAAGUUCAGGCGUAAUAAAGGAAGUGAGUAUGGCCUUGUGGUAUUUAAUGUCUCUAUUUGUUUUCGUGUACAUCUCGAUUACAUUAUGGAAACGGAGAGGAAAGCCACCAGGACCUUUUGGUUUUCCUUUGGUGGGUUACCUACCUUUCAUAGAUACUCGUAAACCAUACGAAACAUUUACACACCUGGCAAAGCGCUAUGGUUCAGUAUACGGACUUUGGAUGGGACAGGUAUACACAGUGGUACUAGCAGAUCCCAAUAUAAUUCGUCUUGUGCUUUCGAAAGAAGAAUCCACUGGCCGUGCUCCUUUGUUUAUUACACACGGUAUUAUGGGAGGUUAUGGAAUAAUCUGCGCAGAAGGUGCAUUAUGGCGUGAUCAACGUCGGCUAUCGAUUGAAUGGCUUCGUCGCUUAGGAAUGGUCAAGUUUGGACCGACUCGGUCUGACCUCGAACAAAAAAUUAUUGACGGCAUAAAUGAAUUGACGCAGGAUAUUGAUGCUUCAAUUAAAAUAGAAUCUGGGUUUAAUCCAUCUCCCGCGAUACACCAUGUCCUUGGAAAUCUGAUGAACAAUUUGAUAUUUGGUUUAUCUUACGAAAAAACUAAUUCUACUUGGCAAUAUCUGCAACAUCUUCAAGAAGAAGGCGUCAAACAUAUUGGUAUAUCAAUGGCGGUCAAUUUUUUACCAAUCUUAAGGUAUUUACCAUCGACACGGCGGAUUAUAGAUUUUUUGCUCAGUGGAAAAUCUAAAACACACAAAAUAUAUGAUGAAAUAAUAGCAAAUGCUCGAAAUCAAGUAGAAACAGAAUCUUACAAUAGUUGCAUUUUAACAAGCUUUCUUAAAGAGUCCGCUAAGCGCCAGAAUGUUGAUAGGGCAGAUGCCGCGUUUUGUAGCGAUAAACAGUUGCGUCAUUUGAUGGCUGAUUUAUUUGGUGCUGGAGUUGACACGACCUUCACUACAAUUCGCUGGGCUCUGUUGUAUAUUGCCCUUCAUCCCAAUGUUCAAGAGCGCCUGCGAGAAGAAUUACAACAAAGAUUACCCCCCCACCAAACACCUACCUUAGAUGACGUCGAAUUUUUGCCCUACCUGUGCGCUACCAUAGCGGAAGUACAGCGUAUACGUACGGUUGUACCGGUAGGAAUACCGCACGGAACGACAAAGGAAAUAACUAUCGCUGGUUUUCGGAUACCAUCCAACACGAUGAUUAUGCCCCUGAUCUGGGCAGUGCACAUGGAUCCCACUGUUUUCGCAGAACCGGAUACCUUCAAACCGGAACGCUUUCUCGACAUAGAAGGGCGAUUCGUAACAUCAAGCAACUUCCUCCCGUUCCAAGUUGGUAAACGGAUGUGUCCAGGAGAUGAACUAGCAAGAAACAUACUGUAUCUGUACAUAUCGCACAUAGUAUUGCGCUAUAGCUUUGAAAUACCACGAGAAGAUAUUUCUUCGAUCGACCUUAGUGGAGAGUGUGGAAUAACUCUGACACCACCGCAUUAUCGGAUUGCCUUUACUAAAACAGAAUGAUAAAACAUCAAAUUGUCCAUAUCGUACAAAGUACUUGAGUUUCAAUAAUGCGCGAGUGCUAGAACUAAGCUUUUGAACACAAUUUGAAAGCGGUUUCAAUAUCAAAACAUUAACAAUAAACAGAUUGUUU